AUGUCUAGAAGGUCCCUCCUACGAGGCCUGACCCUCUUGAGGCCCAAUAGCAAUCAACUACCAAUAUGUCGCUUUUUGACCAGGCCAUCCACAUCCACUCUGGCACCACAAACAUGCCGUCUUCUAUCAACAACCUCGACCCAUCAAACGUCCGAGAUCCGCAGCAUCGCAGAACUCCCGAAUAGAAUAAGCCCACGCUAUCUCCAGAGCACAAAGCCCGGGUCGUCGCUAUUAUCACUAAACUGGCCUAAACCCCCUCGAAACCUCCUUAUCAUCCACAAGCUCUACUCAGAUGCCGUCGUCGAGGCUGUCGUCAAAUUCUCGACCUACCUCCAUAAUGAAUAUCCAGAAGUCAACCUCGUGUUCGAGCCACGCAUCGCCCAAUCGUUGAAAGAUCGUCUCGAUUUUCCCAUUUAUGCCUCGGACUCUCGGUCCAAUAUGGCGGACAAGAUUGACAUCAUCGCGACUUUCGGAGGAGAUGGUACUGUCCUACGAGCUGCAAGUCUUUACAAGCUCCAUGGUUCUGUUCCUCCAAUUCUGUCAUUCAACAUGGGGACACUAGGCUUCCUUGGCGAAUGGGAUUUCAGAGAGUACAAAAAAGCUUGGAGGGAGACGUUUAUGAGUGGCAGUGACGUCGCUACCCGUGAGGCCAACUACCCUCGAGGUGAUUGGGACAAGACAAGUCCAGUGUCCUACACUGCAUGGGAAAGGCAUAAGGGUAAAAGCAUGGGAGCCCAACGAGCAUCGAAGGUGUUACUCCGUCACCGCAUCAAGGCUGAUGUGUUUGAUCCGUCUGGUAACAAUAUCAAUCAUUGGCUGUCAGAUACUCUGUCAAGCGAGGCAAAGACAGGGGCGAAGGCGCUAGCAGUGCCUCACGAGCCAUCACCAUCACUGAGAGCUAUCAACGAGAUCUCGGUGCAUCGGGGUUCUCAUCCCCAUCUAGCUGUCAUUGAUAUCUACCAGAAUGGUCACUUUCUCACAGAAACCACAGCUGAUGGUAUCUUGAUCAGCACCCCCACAGGCUCAACGGCAUACAGUCUAAGCGCAGGUGGUCCAAUCGUUCAUCCACUUGUCAAGUCGCUCCUCAUUACACCCAUCAGUCCUUGUAGUCUAAGCUUCCGAUCCCUGGUGCUCCCGCUAGACACCAAGGUCACCCUACGAAUGAGUCGCAAGAACCGCGGCCGUGAACUUGACCUGAGUAUAGAUGGCAAGAGGUGUGCGGGAGUGUCGCCAGGGACAGAGAUUCGGGUAGAAGGCGAGUUUGUUGGACGAGCUGGUCCUGGGGAGGAGUGGCAUGGCGGUGUACCAUGUAUGAUCAGGACUGAGGAUGAUGACCCUUGGGUGGGUGGCUUGACUGGCCUACUCAAGUUCAAUCAUCCUUUUGGACGAGAACCUGGUGGAGACGAUUAUGCCGAUUAG